GUCAUUUUGACUUGUUGUUCUGCUUGGAACGCGACGUCGCAACGCGUCAUGGCGCGUUUCAACUCUUCGUCGUCCCGUUCGAAUUUUCGAUGCGAGCGAGUGUUGGUGAAUGUUUCGAGAGUGUCGAAAGUGAAGUGAGAGUAUCGGGUGUUCGUACAUACCAACCGUGAGAUACGCUGCAUGGCGCGAAGUCGUGUCGCGUUUCAAUCGUGUUUCGCGUCUUCUUCAUUGCCUCGUAUCUCGAGUUUUUGACAGGCGUGAGUGCCAGGAGUGUUGAAAGAUUAAAAGCAUUGAACUAUACUCAUACUGGAAUGGGCACUAGCCGAUUCCAGAAAACGUGACGAGAGAGAGCCAUUUUGAAGGGCCACCUCUCUUAAUUUGUCGGUAUAACAGUCAGAAAAUUAGAAAGUUUUUGCAGUAUCGGCACACGAGAAACGAGGAUAAAUAUCAAUGUGGAAACGAGGAAGAAAGUUAACUUUUGAGUAGGAAUGCAAGGUGAAUGCUGACGCAUGCGCAGAGAACGCUUAGAGAAAGAUAAGUGGCCUCUCAUGCUAUUUCUAUUACGUUUCUCGCUUACGGACGUAAUAUGGCAGUGCCCAUUCCAGUAUGAGUAUAGUUCAAUGGUUGAAAGCGAAGUGUCGCGCGUUCGUGCCAAGUGUAAAUCAAGAGGAGAAUCGUCGUGAGAAGGAUCUUGGAUCUCGGAUGUUAGAGAAGUGCGGCCGAGACGGAGCUGGACGGAGUGACCAGCGGCAAACGGAAUUCUCCAACGGGACAUGAAAAAUGUCAGGGAACGAUAGCACCAGUAUAUUCGCCUACCCUCGUCCUCUCGUUCCAUCGUUACCGAAGGUAUGCUCUAGAUCCACCAAGGUACGCUCCAGGUUAAUAAGUCACGGAACGCGUAUAUAUUCGGUAGUGGUACGGUGGCGGUACGGUGCCACUUGUCCCCGCGAAGGGGUCUACGAAGAUCGGAUGGUACCAUUGCACGCGAUCCACCACCAGGCUCCUCCAGUUACAAUGUUGAAGCAGACGUUCGAUUUUCUUCGUCGACUUCUCCCGGCUGGGAGAAACGUAUCAUCGAUUGGCCGGCCGGUCGGCCGAGCGGCGUGCGUUCUUCGAGGGUGAAGCGAAGGCGAAGAGUCGCCUGACAAAGGGGUAGAACGCGCUCAGCAGAAUGCUGGCGACGAACAACGCCUACGGUUGUCGCGAUUGCCACCCCUUCGUACCUGGUAGCGUGACGAGCAUCGCGACCAUCGGCAACCUGGGUACGACACGUCCAAAAUUCUCCCCGAGAAUCAACGCGAAAUUGAAAACAUCACCCGGUAUAAGUAAUUGCACGGAUCCGGCGUGCGUUGCACGUAUGAAGCGCUUGAGAAACAGGAAAGCAAAUGUAUCUUCAAAGUUGGAUUUAAGCAAGAGGAAACCGGCGGAUUAUAUGGAGCUGGCAUACAGAGAAGCUAUCUCGAAACUGAAGUAUCUGUUAGCUGAAUCGUACUCUCCAACGAGCAUGUCCGGAACAAAACAGCGAAGUGUUCGAAGUAUAUAUAAAAGCAGUAACCUGCGAAUUGAUGAAUCUGGAGAAGACACAGAUGAACAAAGUAUGAUUAGCGAUAGUUUCCGAAGAAAGGAUCUCUCUAGAAAUGCAGUUUUGAAUACCUUCCCACCUCUCUCGAAAACUAUCCAGUCGUCAAAGGCUUACAGUAAUAUUGCAUUGUCAAGAGGCGAUCUUCAAUCCAUUCCUCCGGAAUUAACGUCCUUCAUCGAACGGCAGGAGGAUUAUAUAGAACAACUGGAACGAGAGUCUCAAUACUGUAGAGAUGAACUGAUCAAUCUAUUGACCAAAGUUCGCGAGGUCGUGGCUGAAAACGAGGUAUUGCAUAGCAAGAAUCAAGUUGCAUUGUCCAAGUGUGUUCUGCAGGAUCAUAAAGAUCGCUGCGAGGCAAACCACGAGUGUCACAAGCAGGACGCGGGCGGUCACGCUGAUAAUACAUUAGAAUACAAGCGGGAGAAACCCUUGGAAGGACCCAGUAUAAUGUUCGAAUCAAGAAUCAGCGAGUUGGAGGCGCAAUUGACCCAGGCCAAACUAGAGUUGCGAAAGGCGCAGGAGGAGAAUCAGGCGAAUCUGAAACGUUUGUCCGAGAGCGGCUCAAGUGAGAACAAUACCGAAUUGAAAGUCGAAUUGGAUAAGGCUCUACGCGCCAAGUACGAGGCUGAGGUCAAGCUGGAGGAAUUGCAAAAGCUGCUGUCGGUCGCGCGAGACAAAGAAUCCGAGGCGACGCACAGAGCGAGACGGUCCAUGGACGAUAGGCAGGAGAUCGAGUUUGAGAGGAACCAGAGCGAGAUGGAGAUUCGAAGAUUGAAGGACGAGCUGGAGAGGCAGCACGACAAGCUGCGGGAGGCGGCCCAGGAUGCAAACAGACGUAUAACUGAGGAGAGACAGCAAGUGGAGCGUCGAUACAAUCAGCAAAUCGAACAACUCACCGCCGACAUCGCGACCCAUUGGGAGACUACUAACAAGUCGCAGUUGGAGUCUGAGAAACAGCGGCGAGAGAUAAACGAAUUGAGACGAGAGUUAUCUCAGAAGCAAACCGCUAUGGAUAAUUUGAAGAAAGAGCUGCAGAAUAAGAUAUCCACCGUGCAGAGUGAUUUGAAUCAAGCGUUAAGCGAGAAAGACGCGGCGGAACAGGAAGUCUUAACCGGUAAACUGGCAGCUGAACGAAGCGAUAGACAGGCUCGUCAAGAACAGAGCAGAUUACAGGCAGAAAUAAAUUCGUAUAAGCAACGUUUGGAAAGAGCGGAUGCUGAUCUGGUACAUUGCAGACGAGAAAAUCUGCGACUGUCGGAGCAAAUAGCAUCUUUGGAAAAAGAGAUCAGUAUGAGUAAAAUUGUACGAUCCGAAGAGAAUCGUAGCGAAGUUACGCCUAGAUUGGAAAACGAGAAGGAAUUAACGUCCAUGAUAAUGAAUAUGGAGACUAAACAUGCUGCCACGGUGGCGGGCCUAGAAGACGCUCUGAGUAAUCAGGCCACGCUCGUCUCGAGAUUGACCGCCGAAUGCCAAUCUCUCACACAGCGUUUGGAAGCUAACAAUCUUAAACACAAGGAAGAAAUGGCCGGCUUACAAAGCAACAUAGAGCACUUAUCAAGUAAAAUACAAGACAGCCUUAUAAGUCACGCAGGAGGAAUUGCUAUGGAAGCUAACGAUGGUACUGGAGCUUUUCAUUAUAACGCUACGACGGAUUCAGUAGUCUCGUCGCAUACGAACGGGUUACCAGUCGGUGCUCAAUCAUCGCAAAUGGUACAUCAGGGAUACGAUACGGCGAGCGGUCAACAAGAAGUGGACGAGGAGUCAGAAAUGUAUUCGAACGCGCCUAAAAGAAACGAUCGAAUGCCGGGCGACACGUAUGCCUUAUCGAGCGAUCACGCGGGCGCGGUACAAAAUAACUUUGUGCCUAAUGCAAUGGAAACUGCAGGGAUGUAUCAGCAACAAGGAGACGUCCAAAAUAAUGAGGCGUACGCAGUGGAUGAUUCGAACAUGGAGGCUUACAUGAUGGGGCACGACCAAAAUCAAUAUGACGAAUACGAUCCUUCACAGUACCCGGAAGAACAGUAUGUUAAUGGCAACCAAUAUAACGUAAUGGCGGAGCAGGAAAAUAAUCAGCCUAACUCCGAUGUAGCCAGAACCAGUACUGAAACUCUGCACUAACGUAUUCUGUAUUAAUGACAUACGCAUAUAUAUAAAUAUAAUGCUCAUGAGUAAAUACAUGUAGAAUAGAGAAUGUGUGAAUCGAA